UGAGAGCUGACAGCCAAACAACUCGGGAACUGGUGACUCUAUAGAGGAGGUGACCACGAACAGUCAUGGGAUGUGGCGUCACAAAGUCUGACCAGUUCCACAAACAGUCCAGAAAAGCCGUCACAACCAUAAAAGCCGCUGUCCUGAUUCAGCGAUGGUACCGUCAGUACGUAGCCCGCACAGAGAUGAGACGGAGGUACACCUGGCACAUCUUCCAGUCCAUCGAAUACUCUGGAGAACAGGCUCAGAUAAAGCUUUAUAAUUUCCUCGGCUACCUCAUGGACAAUUUCACACCAUCAAGCAACGAACGGAAUCUGAUCUCGCACAUCUUCCGAGAGAACGAGGUUUGUCGGGACGCAGAGUGGGAGAGGUACUUCUGCUACAAGAACAUUGAGGUGCCGGAGAUUUACUCAGGACCCCACCUCACCUUCCCUCUGACGGUGGAGCAGGCAGUCGGGCUGGUGGAGGCCUUCAGGAACAAGAAACAGCUGCACUCUCGCUACGUCCUCCAGCUCCUGCUUGAGACGUGGAAACAGCUCCGGAUGUUGCCAAAUAUCAACCGCAUUUCCACCUGCCAAAGCAAAGAAAUCACGGUUUGCGGUGAUUUGCACGGGCAACUGGAAGACCUGCUGCUGAUUUUCUACAAGAAUGGAAUGCCGUCCUUGGAGAAGCCCUAUGUGUUUAACGGAGACUUUGUAGACCGGGGCAAAGACUCCAUUGAGAUCCUCAUCAUCCUGUUUUCGUUCCUGCUCGUCUAUCCGAGUGACAUCUACCUCAACAGAGGAAACCACGAGGACCAUAUAGUCAACCUGAGGUAUGGCUUCACAAAAGAGGUGCUGACUAAAUACAAGAUGCACGGCAAACGGAUCCUGAAGCUGCUGCAGAAGAUUUUCAGCUGGUUGCCAUUAGCAACGGUGAUCGACCAGAAGGUGCUGGUGCUCCACGGAGGGAUCUCCGACGCCACAGACCUCAGCGUCCUCGCCAGAGUGGACAGACACAAUUACGUUUCAGCGCUGAGGCCUCCAAAGAAGAGACACCGGAGCUCAGCGGGGACGUCCAUUGACUCGGACUUGGAUGAGGAUGUCUGGUCCACCAACAGGAUCUUCCAGCGUCGGACCUCCCUCACGUAUCCCAAACCCCUCGGAGCUCGCGACAGCUUCCAGAACCGCUCGCUGCAGGACUUCUCCGACCGGAUCAAAGUGAACGUGGUGGACGAGCUGGAGAUCCACAAGAGGAAACAGUCCGUUUUCAACUUGGGGAUCAACAGAUCAGAAAAAGACAUGUCUCCGUCUGUGUCCUCUGACUCUGUCAACAGCGACACUGCCAAGGACGAGUGGAAACAGAUCCUGGACCUGCUGUGGAGCGACCCGAUGACCCAGGACGGCUGCACACCCAACGAGGUGCGGGGCGGAGGCUGCUACUGGGGCCCCGAUGUCACAGAGGACUUCCUGAACCGACACAACCUGCAGCUCAUCAUCCGUUCCCACGAAUGUAAACAGGACGGUUAUGAGUUCUGCCACAAUCGUAAGGUCCUCACCCUGUUCUCUGCCUCCAACUACUAUGAUGUGGGAAGCAACAGGGGGGCCUACGUGAAGCUGGGUCCAGACCUUGUGCCUUAUGUGGUUCAGUACCAGGCCAGCAGCAUGACCAGAGAGCUAACUGUGAGACAAAGUGUUGGGCGAACCGAGCGCUCAGCCCUCAAAGUCCUGCGGGAGCAGCUGUUUGCGCACAAAUCCGACCUCAUCUGUGCCUUCAAAAAGCUCGACAGCGAGAACACAGGCCUCGUUUCUCUGAGCGACUGGGCCUCUGCGGUGGAGAGUGUCAUGCACCUCGGCUUGCCCUGGAGGAUGCUGCGCUAUCAGCUCGUCACCUCCAAGCUGGUCACCUCCAAUCACGGCAUGAUCGACUUCCACGAAUGGUUCAACGAGCUCGCCAUUGCAGGACCCAACACGGACCACAUCGACCAGAGUCUGCUUGAGACUUUGUAUCGCCACCGCUCCACCUUGGAGACCAUCUUCAGAAUUGUAGACACAGACAACUCAGGCUUCAUCACCAUCGAGGACUUCCGGCAGACCUGGAAGCUGCUGAGCGUCUACCUAAAGAUGGAGAUCACGGACGAGGCCAUCUUCGACCUGGCCGUCACCAUCGACAGCAACCAGGACGGCAGCAUCGACAUCGACGAGUUCAUGGAGGCCUUCCGCCUCACGGACAAGAAGAGCCGGCUGGAGCGAGGACGCAGCAUGUUCAUGGGCACCGCCAACGACCUCACAAAGCUGGAGGGGGACCCCAACAUUUGA